AAGAUAACCUCUCAUUUUCAGACCGAAAAUAAUUUCUGAUAAGAUGAGACACCCCAGUUUUCUUGCUAGAACAGUUCUUGUUCAAAAUAAUGAUGUAGAAGCUGCUUGUCGCGUUUUGAACAGAAUUUUGGGAAGGGAAGGAAUAUUAGAACAAUUCAGAAGAACUAGAUAUUAUGAGAAACCCUUUCAGGUGCGACGCCGAGUUAAUUAUGAAAGGUGCAAAGCGCUUUAUGAUGAGGAUAUGAAUAGAAAAAUAGAAUUUGUUCUAAGAAAAAAUAGAGCUGAUCCAUUUCCUGGCUGUUCUUGAAUUUUCACUAUAAAGCUUUAGUUAUCGUAGUAAAUGUUAUGAAUGUUCUUAUAAAUAUAUUCUCAACUUAAAAAUAAAACUUUAUUUUGAAAAAAAUCAA